GAGACCUAAGCUCAACCUCCGGUUCGUACAUUGUCGGACUGUUGUCUCAAAAUCAUGAACUUUCGAGUUCUCUUGCCGCCAUCCUCCCCCAAGUUCGAUUCUUUCUCCUUGCUACGUCGUUUGAGUUUCUCCACGGACUUGAGUCUUCGGAUCAUUAAACAAGUUCCCCCCAACCACGAUCAGAUAUAUAACAGUCUCCUCGAAAUAUGUUUGGACCAGUGCAAAUUAUUCAAAACCCGCAAGGUGUUCGACGAAAUGCCUCAGAGACUUUUACACGUCUCGAGAAUCGGCAAAGCUGUACAUUCCAGGAGCUUGACGCUCGGAAUCGAUCCAAAAGGGAGAUUAAGCAACGCCGUCGUUGAUUUAUACGCCAAGUGUAAAUCAAUAGCUUAUGCUGAGAAGGUUUUCGAGUCUCUUGAGAAGGAUGUAACGGCUUGGAACUCGAUGCUAUCGAUGUAUUCGAGCAUUGGGCUACCUGGAAAGGUCUUGAGGAGUUUUGUGUCGUUGUUUGAGGGUUUGGUUUUUCCGAAUAAGUUCACUUUUUCGAUUGUUUUAUCGACAUGUGCCAGGGAGAGUAAUGUAACGUUUGGUAGGCAGAUUCAUUGCUGUAUGGUGAAGACGGGUUUUGAAAGGAACUCGUAUUGUGGAGGGGCUUUGGUUGAUAUGUAUGCUAAGUGUGACUGCAUAGGUGAUGCUCGGCGAGUUUUCGAUGGGGUAGUGGAUCCCAAUACAGUUUGCUGGACGUGUUUGUUUUCUGGCUAUGUCAAAGCUGGUUUGCCAGAGGAAGCUGUUAUAGUUUUUGAGAAGAUGCGUGGUGAAGGACAUCGUCCUGACCAUCUAGCUUUCGUGACUGUUAUAAAUACUUACAUUAGUUUAGGGAAGCUGAAGGAUGCGCGUGUGUUGUUUGGAGAGAUGGCGAGCCCUGAUGUGGUGGCUUGGAAUGUAAUGAUCUCAGGGCAUGGGAAACGAGGGUGUGAGGAAGUAGCUGUUGAGUAUUUUCUCAGGAUGAGGAAGUCUGGUGUUAGAUCCACUCGUUCGACGCUGGGGAGUGUUUUAAGUGCAAUUGGGAUUGUAGCGAAUCUUGAGUUAGGUUUGGUGGUUCAUGCGGAGGCUAUUAAACAAGGGCUUGCGUGUAAUAUAUAUGUUGGGAGUUCUUUGGUUAGCAUGUACUCGAAGUGUGAGAGAAUGGAAGAUGCUGCGAAAGUGUUUGAGGGUUUGGAGGAGAGAAACGACGUCUUGUGGAAUGCUAUGAUAAGAGGUUAUGCGCAUAACGGAGAAGCUCAUAAGGUUAUGGAGCUGUUUAUGGAUAUGAGAGGCUCUGGUCAUAACGUUGAUGAUUUCACCUUUACAAGCCUGUUAAGUACUUGUGCUGCUUCGCAUGAUCUUGACAUGGGGAGCCAGUUUCAUUCGGUUAUCAUCAAGAAGAAAUUAGCGGAUAACUUAUUCGUGGGAAAUGCAUUGGUAGAUAUGUAUGCUAAAUGCGGAGGUGUUGAAGAUGCGAGGAAGGUUUUUGAGCGCAUGUGGGAACGUGAUAACGUAUCGUGGAACACGAUGAUUGGUGGUUAUGUCCAAGAUGAGAACGAGAGUGAGGCUUUCAACUUGUUCAAGAGGAUGAAUUCUUGCGGUAUGGUGUCUGAUGGAUCGUGUUUAGCUAGCACACUCAAGGCGUGUGCGAAUGUCCGUGGUCUUUAUCUAGGAAAACAAGCUCACUGCCUCUCUGUCAAGUUUGGCUUAGAGACAGAUCUUCAUGCUGGCAGCUCGCUGAUUGACAUGUAUGCCAAGUGUGGGGUCAUCGAAGACUCACGUAAAGUUUUCUCCUCUAUGCCUGAGUGGAGCGUUGUGUCGAUGAAUGCGUUAAUUGCAGGCUAUGCUCAGAACAACUUGGAAGAAGCUGUGGUUCUCUUUCGAGAGAUGGUGACCAGAGGUGUUAACCCAUCUGAAAUCACUUUUGCCACCAUAGUUGAAGCUUGUGAUAAACCAGAAACGUUGACCUUAGGAACACAGUUCCAUGGUCAAAUAAUAAAGAGAGGGGUCUCAUAUGAAGGUGAGUAUCUAGGGAUCUCUCUUUUGGGCUUGUACAUGAACUCAUGUAGAAUAGUGGAGGCGUGUGUUCUUUUCUCAGAGUUCCAAACCCCUAAGAGCAUUGUUCUUUGGACGGGGAUGAUGUCAGGGCAUAGUCAGAACGGUUUCUAUGAGGAAGCUUUGAAGUUCUACAAAGAAAUGCGUCGUGAUGAUGCUUUACCUGAUCAGGCAACAUUUGUCACUGUUCUUCGAGUGUGCUCUGUCCUUUCCUCUUUAAGAGAAGGUAGAGCGAUCCAUUCUCUCACCUUCCACUUGGCUCAUGACCUCGACGAGUUAACCUCUAACACGCUAAUAGACAUGUAUGCUAAAUGUGGGGACAUGAAAAGCUCAUCACAAGUUUUCGAUGAAAUGAAGCGUAGAAGCAACGUUGUCUCAUGGAACUCCAUCAUCAAUGGAUAUGCUAAAAAUGGUUACGCUGAAGAUGCCCUUAGGAUGUUUGAUUCCAUGAGACAAUCUCGUAUCACGCCAGAUGAAAUCACAUUCCUAGGUGUUCUCACAGCUUGUAGCCACGCAGGGAAAGUGUCAGAAGGGCGGAAGAUUUUUGAGAUGAUGAUUAGUCAAUAUGGUGUUGAAGCGCGUGUAGAUCAUGUAGCUUGUAUGGUUGAUCUUCUUGGAAGAUGGGGUUAUCUUGAAGAAGCUGAUAACUUCAUAAAAGCACAAAACCUGAAACCAGAUGCGAGACUAUGGUCAUCGCUCCUUGGUGCAUGUAGUAUCCAUGGAGAUGACAUUAGAGGGGAAAUGGCUGCUGAGAAGCUCAUUGAACUUGAACCACAAAACUCGUCAGCUUAUGUUCUUCUUUCGAACAUAUAUGCCUCACAGGGACGUUGGGAGAAGGUCAACGCUUUGAGGAAAGACAUGAAAGACAGAGGAGUCAGUAAGGUACCUGGAUGUAGUUGGAUUGAUGUGGGAGAGAGAAAACACGUUUUUGGUGCAGGAGACAAAUCUCAUUCUGAUAUUUGCAAAAUAGAGACGUUUCUUGAAGAUAUAUAUGAUCUGGUGAAAGAUGAUGCAGUCGUCAAUCAUGAUAUCAUGGAACAUGCUUCUCAUGAUUGUAUCUAAUAACAGGGGAUAUUGUACAAAGCUAAACAUCAGCAGAUCAAUUCAUUGAAUCGGUUACUCAAUUAGAAACUUUAACUUUAUACAAAGGUGACCACGUUUUUCGCCUUUGGUGUGAUGUGGACAAAGAUUUCAUCUAGCCAAGAAACUAUCAGGUAACUCAGGUUAGUGUGCUGCCGAGGCUAAGGUAAGAUUUUACUGGAAACAUGACUAAAUCUAUCACUUUUUUUACCAGGCAUGGCUGGAGAUGAUAGUCCGAUAAAAGUGGUUUUAAUGGAGAUUUAGCUAAGUUGGCUGUGUUACAAAUAAAAAAAGCUAAGUUGGCAUCUUCUAUAUAUUGAAGGUGGUCCGAUAAAAGUCUCUUAUUGAAUCAUCUGAGUCUUCCUUGAAUUAUCAACAGAUGUUGAUAGAAACUCCAGUUACAAGAAACGGUUAAGUGAAAGUUUGGAGUCUGAAGAGUGCAACUGUGCAAGGCCAUGGAGGUGGCAGCAUUGUGAAGGAAACAAAAGAAGUCACGACUUGGCUUUGACGAUCUGCCACCGAGCCCUCCUUCUCUACCAAUCAUUGGUCAUCUUCACAUCAUCCUCUCUCUUCUAAUCCACAAAUCAUUACAGAAACUCGCAUCUAAGUAUGGACCUCUUCUCCAUCUCCGCAUCUUCAACUUCCCUAUAGUCCUCGUCUCCUCUGCUUCAGUGGCUGAAGAGAUCUUCAAAACACAAGACGUGAACGUGUCCUCUCGCAGCCUCCCUACUAGCGAGGGGUCCCUCUACUUUGGAUCUUCUGGCUUCAUCUUCGCACCUUAUGGAGAUUACUGGAAGUUUAUGAAGAAGCUCAUCACCACCAAGCUCCUCGGACCACAGGCACUCGAGAGGUCACGAGGCAUCCGUGGUGAUGAGGUGAAGCUGUUUUACUCUAACCUCCUAGAUAAGGCGAUGAGGAAGGAGAGAGUUGAUAUCGGUGAAGAAGCAAUGAAGCUAACUAACAACAGCAUGUGCAAGAUACUCAUGGGGAGGGUUUGUGUAGAGGAUGCGGAGAUAGUCAGAGGCUUAGUGGCAAAGACAGAUUCCCUGACGAAGAAGCUUUUCUUGGCGUCUGUCUUGCGCAGACCGCUUGAGAAGCUUGGGAUCUCACUUUUUAAAAAGGAGCUGAUGGGUGUUUCCAGUAUGUUUGAUGAGGUACUAGAGAGGUACCUUGUGGAACACGAAAAGAAACAGGAGGAACAAGGUGGGGAUAUGAUGGAUGUGUUGAUAGAAGCAUAUAGAGACGAAAAUGCUGAGUAUAAGAUCACUAGGAACCAUAUCAAGUCCUCGUUAGUGGAUCUUUUCAUUGCAGGCAGUGAAACUACGUCCAACAGUAUAGAAUGGACCAUGGCCGAGCUGAUAAACAACCCCAAGAGUCAUGAGAAACUGAGAGGAGAAAUCGAUUUGAUUGUAGGGAAAACAAGGUUGAUUUAAGAAACUGAUCUACCAAACCUUCCUCAUCUGCAAGCGGUCAUGAAGGAAGGACUGAGAUUGCACCCACCGGCGCCUCUUGUGGUAAGAACAUUCCAAGAAGGGUGUGAGGUCAAAGGGUUCUACAUACCGGAGAAGACAACACUUGUUGUCAAUGGUUAUGCUGUAAUGAGAGAUCCUGAUGUCUGGGAAGAUCCUGAGGAGUUUAAGCCAGAGAGGUUCUUGGCUACUUCACGUUCAGGACAAGAAGAGGACAAGACGAAAGGUCUAAGAUACAUUCCUUUCGGAAGUGGAAGGAGAGGUUGUCCUGGAUCAAACCUGGCUUAUCUCUUUCUAGGAGCAGCUGUUGGAGUAAUGGUGCAGGCCUUUGAUUGGAGAAUCAAGGAAGAGAAAGUUAACAUGGAUGAAGUUGCUGGAGCAGCUUCGUUGAGCAUGGCUCAUCCAAUUCACGCUACUCCUGUUGCUCGAACCCGAAACCUUCUAACUUAACUUGUAGACUUGCUUUCUCUUGGAUUUUCUAAAUCUCAUGAUUGAACAAAGGCUAUCUAUCUUAUUAAAACUCAAGUACAAAAUUGGAGUGUUUGGAGACUUGAA